AUGCCAACCUGGCGUGAACUUCCUGCUGAGAUUCUGGAAAAUGUAUUCAGUUAUGUUAAGCAAGACUGGAGAUAUAAACCAAGCUGGUUAACACAAUAUCAGUUGACUUGUAAAAGUUGGAGUCAGACUGCAAGGGAAUGUCUGUAUGGUGAAAUCACGUUUGAUAGCGCCACAAUAAUCGAAAAGUUUAUCAAGUGUAUGCAAAAUAGUCAUUCAGGGUGGUUUACUAGAACGAUAACUUUUUAUGGCAACGAAGGCAGUAGAUUUAGAAGAACUCCAAAAGAUUAUGAAUCAACACUUUGGAGCUUCCCUUCACAGAAUCUUUUUGAGCUUGCCAAAGUCUGUCCAGCCGUAGACCGUGUUAAAGGUGAGCUUACUGGCCGUGAUCAAUGGCUUGCUCUUGAUACUAUUACAACAACAUGCUGGCAAAACAUCAAAGAGCUCCCUUAUCCUAUACGACCUGAUUUAGAGAAUGACGAUGGGCUUCCUUACUACGUCGAGAUUGCCAUUGCUUGCCGCCAGAAACUGACUCAUUUGUAUUGGCCACGAUAUUCCUCUUAUGCUGCUGUUUUAUCCCCUCAGUUACCAACCUUUAACAACUUGACACACCUGGCUGUGAAUGAUGUUUCUUGUUCAGUUCUCAUGGACUAUGAUGAGAUUAUUCAGUGUUGCCCAAAUUUAAUAUCUUUAAGCUCACAUUGUGUCAAAUAUGAUUGGAACAUAAAUAUACCAGACAAUUAUUCGGAGAACUACGACAUGUCCUCGAUACAGCCACACAAUAAAGUCAAGAAGCUAGAUGUGACGCUCCUCUUUCAUAAAGAUGUCCUUCGUUAUGUUAUUCACAAGUUUCCCAACCUAGACACUCUCACCUUGAGAAUUUGUUAUGAUAUAGUGCUGUUUACUGACUGGAGACUCGACCUAGAAAGUUACUUUGCAGAAAAUGGAAAUGAGCUCAUGAAAUACCUGGCUAAAUUUCAUGAUUAUGAAUUCUAUGCACCAAUUGGAUCCUCUCUGGUUGAGAACUACAUAAGAUUUACGCCCAAUGUAGACAUCCUAAUUCGUGUAGGCUACAUAACUUCAGAGCUUACUCUUUGUAAAAAUGCAAUGACCUUCAAAUGUGAAGAUACAAAAGAAGAGAGAGAAAGUCUCAAGCGAAUAUUUAGCAAUUAUUAUCAAAACAUAAAUAACUACUCCUUAGAGUAUUUUGGGAAAUCCAAAGAUAUCAUAGCAUGGAUUGAAGAUAGCCUCGAAGCGUGUAAAGAGCUGCACACUUUCCAUCUUGACGCUGAUUGCUUACGUUUACCGUCAGAAGCAGCAAUGACAGCAGGGGCACCAUUAAAUUCUUCUGUGAAAACGCUCUCAUUGGAUGUACAAGAAAUAGAGAAUGGAUCACUUGCCGCCUAUGCACGCUUACUGCCAGCAUUACACAAUCUAAUCAUCUCGCAUAAAUCCUCCCAAAAGACAACAAAGUAUAUAAUAGAAAUGCCAGACACUUCUUUUGAUCACUUAAGCCUCAAGCUUCAUAACUGUGAAUACUCGUGUAGUCAUGACAAAAGCAACUUAAUGAAGCAGGCAAUUUUAAUAGCUACAACAAAGAAGUCGGGAAAGAAGCAAUGCUUUAUAGACAUGACAUCAGGAAAUGGAGUAAUAAGGAAAUAUGAACCAUUUAAAGAUAGUCCCCGUUUUGUAAUUAUUCUCAAUUGCCAGUCUAUUGAUUAUUUUUCUUUGUCUGUUGAUUAUGAUGCUUCUUCUAUUAUAGAGUGCCAGAUUAGAAAGUGUUCUUUAUUUUUAUAA